UGUUUGUUAUCCCAACAAAAACCAUAUCUGUAUGAUCUUGAAAAUGAAACUGAAGAAUCUCUUGCCAGUCUUCUGGAAUUUCCUUUUUUGCUUUCCUGUUGUGUCUGCACAACCUGUUUUGUCUGCAAAACUAUGCGGGAAAACUGGUUUCUUCAAACCCAACCAGCAGUAUGACAAAAACCGUGGUCUUAUCCUCUCUUCUCUUGCUUCUAAUGUCUCAGCUCGAGGCGGCUUCUACAACACUUCGGUUGGACAAGGAUCCGAUAGGGUGUAUGCUAUGGGGAUGUGCAUCCAAGGAGCUGAACCAGAGGUUUGCUCAAACUGUAUCGAGCUUGCUUCAAAUGAGGUAAUUGAGAAAUGCCCCAACCAGACAGAAGGCCUAGUCUGGCCUGAAAAUGGGAUUCUUUGUAUGGUACGUUACUCCAACCGUUCGUUUUUUAGAUCAUUUGAGAUACAACCACAGUAUCUACAGUACAACAGAGAUGAUAUUAGAUCGUCCAAUAUUACAAUGUAUAAUGGAUUAUGGGAGAACAUAACAAGUCGUAUGAUAGCUGGAGCUACUUCAUCGUCAUCUGAACGCAAGUACUACGCAGCUGAAUCAGUUCCUUUGACGUCUGUUCAGAAUAUAUACGUAUUAAUGCAAUGCACCCCGGUCAUAUCUUUACGGGAUUGCAACAUAUGUUUAAGUCAAAAUGUCAGAGACUAUCAAUCAUGUUGCCAUGGAAAACAAGGUGUCUUUGUUUUUCGCCCCAGCUGCGUUUUCAGGUUUGAACUUUAUGCGUUUUCUCAGGCUUUUAAUCUUAGUUUGCCCCCUCCACCUACGGUAAACCAGAGGAAAAACACAACAAAAAGAGGUGGAGAGUCAAUCUCAGCAGGACUCAUCGUGGCAAUUGUUGUUCCCAUCGUCAUUAUCUUAUCUGUACUAGGUCUAGCAUAUUUUAUCUGCAGGAGGAGAAAGUCAAACCAAGGAUCCAAUCUUGACAUCACAGAUGCAAACUCACUGCAAUUUGAUUUCAAGACGAUUGAAGCUGCAACAGAUCAAUUUUCAGAGAGAAACAUAGUCGGUCAAGGUGGAUUUGGAGAAGUUUUCAAGGCUGUUCUUAAUGGGACAGAAGUUGCUAUUAAGAGACUGUCAAAAGCCUCAGGGCAAGGUGCAAGAGAGUUCAAGAAUGAGGCUGUUCUGGUGGCAAAGCUUCAGCAUAGAAAUCUAGUUAGGCUUCUUGGAUUUUGUGUGGAAGGAGAAGAAAAAAUUCUUGUUUAUGAAUUUGUGGCGAACAAAAGCCUUGAUUACUUCCUGUUUGACCCUUCAAAACAUGGACAGUUGGAUUGGACAACACGAUACGACAUCAUCGAGGGAAUAGGUCGAGGACUUCUUUAUCUUCAUCAAGACUCACGACUGACAAUCAUACACCGUGACCUUAAAGCAAGUAACAUUCUCUUAGAUUCUUAUAUGAACCCAAAGAUUGCAGAUUUUGGAAUGGCAAGGAUUAUGGGAAUGGACCAAACUCAAUGUGAUACUAGCAGGAUUGCUGGAACCUUUGGUUACAUGGCUCCAGAGUAUGCGAUGCAUGGUCAUUUCUCGAUAAAAUCAGAUGUCUAUAGCUUUGGAGUCAUAAUUCUUGAAAUUAUAAGCGGAAAGAAAAAUAACUGUUUUUGUGAGAAGGAAGGUUAUGCUAUCAGCUUGAUCGCACAUGCCUGGGAACUCUGGACAAAUGGGUCACCAUUAGAAAUCGUCGGUCCAGCUAUUGAGGAGAGCUAUCAGCAUAACAAAGUUAUUAAAUGCAUCCAUAUUGCGCUGCUAUGUCUUCAGAAAGAUCAUGCAGAUCGCCCGGAAAUGAGUACAGUCAUAUUGAUGCUCACCAGUAACAUAAUCACUUUACCAGCCCCUCGAGAGCCUGGAUUUUUUUUCAGAAGUGGAAACAAUCCAGACAGUUCUUUCCUUUGGUCAGUCGAUGAUGCUUCGUUCACUCAUUUAGAACCUCGUUGAAGAACCAACAUAUCCAUCUUUUAUAUAUCCAAUUCCAAGUCGGAGGCAAAUAUGACUUUCGUACUUUGUAGUAUCAUGUUGAUUCUGUUUCUGCCGUCUUCAUAAUUACUUUCUUUAUAACGAACAUAUCAUAUUCUGUGUUCACUUUACAAAAUUUGGUUUGUACUAUUUUUACCUAUAAAUUCAGUUUGUCAACUAGGUAUCUCCA